AUGUGGAGAAGAAACUCACUCAGUCUCUCAUCCAAACUUGCCUACUCUAACUCCAGCUCCUCUCUACUUUACCUCUUCAGAAGUUCCCCUAAACCUGCUAGUUGCCACGGUCUCCUCGCUCGAUCCAAUUUCUCCGGCCCGGAGUCUACAUUAGCCACAGCUCCCCUAAAAUGGUCCCAAUCCGGGCCUCUUCCAACUUCUGCUAGCGCCAUUGUUUUUCCGCGGUUGGCUGCUGCAUCUGCUUUUAAGGCCAACGAGGUAGCGGACUUGGCUAAGCACUAUGGUCGAUGUUAUUGGGAGCUUUCCAAAGCUCGCCUCAGUAUGCUAGUGGUUGCUACAUCUGGUACUGGAUAUAUACUUGGGAGUGGUGGUUCCAUAGACUAUCUUGGCCUUUGCUGCACUUGUGCUGGCACCAUGAUGGUUGCAGCUUCUGCUAACUCGUUGAACCAGGUGUUUGAGGUGAAAAACGAUGCGAUAAUGAAUAGAACGAGACACAGACCACUGCCCUCAGGACGUAUUACUAUACCGCACGCAGUUGCCUGGGCUGCUUCAAUGGGUGUAGGCGGCACUGCUCUUUUGGCUUGCAAGGUUAAUAUGCUGGCGGCUGGCCUUGCAGCAUCUAAUCUUGUGCUUUAUGCAUUUGUUUAUACUCCUUUGAAGCAGAUUCAUCCAGUAAACACUUGGGUUGGAGCUAUAGUCGGUGCAAUCCCACCUCUUCUUGGGUGGGUUGCAGCUUCGGGGAAGAUCUCCCUUAAUGGGAUGAUACUUCCUGCUGCUUUAUAUUUUUGGCAAAUACCUCAUUUUAUGGCUCUUGCUUACUUAUGCCGCAAAGAUUAUGCAGAUGGAGGGUUCAAGAUGUUUUCACUUGCUGAUUCUUGUGGUCGUAGAACAGCCCUGGUCUCUCUGAGGAACUGUCUUUAUCUGCUUCCAUUGGGGUAUCUGGCUUAUGACUGGGGUAUCACUUCGGGGUGGUUCUUUGCUGAGUCCACAGCGCUUGCUCUUGCAAUCAGUUGGACUGCAACAUCAUUUUUUCGAAACCGUUCAAUAAAAAAUGCAAGGAGAAUGUUCCAUGCGAGCCUCCUUUAUCUUCCUGUGUUUAUGGGUGGACUUGUACUUCAUCAUCUUCCCGAGGAAACACAAGGAGAUGGAGAUGAUCCUUCUUCUUCUUCUUCUUCUUCUUCUUCUUCUUCUUCUUCUUCUUCUUCUUCUUCUUCUUCUUCUUCUUCUUCUUCUUCAUCUUCCUUCCACCCUCUGAAAAACACAAUCCCAACCCGACCACCAGUAGCAUAUGCCUCCGUUGCACCAUUCCCAUUCUUACCAGCUCCAUACAUUACUACCUAA